UAUAGCAUAGUCUAUGAUAUAUUAUUAUCAUAUAUCACUCAUCUUGCUAAUUAUAAUUCCUACAUCGUCUUCAGGUUCAAUAACAUGUCGAGAAGGAUCGACAAUAUUGUUCUUUGUUUACUCUUGUUUUGUGUUCAUGUCGCACUAGUUUUUGCUUCAAGCUCAGAAUCAAAUAAUUGGCUAAGUCAUGGUGGAGAUUUAUCCAACAGAAGGUAUGCAUCCAUGGAGCAUAAGAUUAAUCCCAUAACAGCACCACACCUGAAACUGAAGUGGAAAUUCUUUGCAGGACAAGAUAUUACGGCGACGCCGACGAUAUAUGAUGGUGUAAUUUAUUUUCCGAGUUGGAAUGGUAAUAUUUAUGCGUUAAAAGAAGAUGAUGGGUCAGUUGUUUGGGAGAAAAAUGUGAAGGAGUUGACAGGUUUAAAUGCAAGUGUGUUUAUUUUUAAUGCAAAUGGAACGGUUUCUAGAGUGAGUCCAAGUGUGGCUGGAGAUUUAUUGAUUCUGGGAAUUUAUGGACCAGCUGUUAUUAUUGGUUUGAAUAGAACAACUGGUGAGCUUGUUUGGUUGACAAAGUUGGAGAGUCACUAUAGAUCAUUUAUUACCAUGUCUGGAACAUAUUACAAUGGGAGUUACUAUGUUGGAACAUCUUCACUAGAAGAACAAGUAGCAAUUGAUAAAUGUUGCACAUUUCGCGGAAGCUUUGUGAAACUUGAUGCUAAAACCGGUGCCAUCUUAUGGCAAACGUACAUGUUGCCGGAUAAUAAAGGAAAACAAGAUCAAUAUGCAGGAGCCGCUAUCUGGGGAAGUAGUCCUUCCAUUGAUGUUUAUCGAAAACAUGUUUAUAUUGCCACUGGAAAUCUCUACUCUGCCCCACAAAACAUACUUGAUUGUCAAGAAAGACAAAAUAAUCAAACUACUCCGGUUGAAACAGACGAGUGUAUCGAACCAGAAAACCACUCCAAUUCGAUGCUGGCUCUUGAUUUGGACACUGGUAAAAUCAAAUGGUUCAAACAGUUAGGAGGCUUGGAUGUAUGGUUUAUUGCAUGUAACAACGCUUCAACUCCUAACUGUCCGCCUCAAGGUCCAUUACCAGAUUCUGAUUUCGGAGAGGCGCCGAUGAUGUUAACUACAUAUGUAAACGGAACACAGAAAGAUAUUGUUGUUGCUGUUCAGAAAAGUGGAUUUGCGUGGGCAUUGGAUCGCAAUAACGGAACCCUUCUAUGGUUUAAGCAAGCAGGGCCUAGUGGAACGGGCGGAGGAGGAAUAUGGGGUGCAUCGACCGAUGAAAGAAGAGUUUAUACCAAUAGUGCGAAUUCAAAUAAGGAUAAUUUCCAACUUUUACCGUCAAAUUUGAAUACAACAACGGGAGGAUGGGUCGCGAUGGAUCCUAGAAACGGAGAGAUUCUAUGGUCCACGGCUAACCCUGGAAAUAGUACAGUUAGUGGCCCUGUCAGUGUGGCAAAUGAUGUUCUUUUUGGUGGAUCCACUGAUUUAUCAGGACACAUAUACGCAAUCAACGCGCGAAAUGGAAAAAUCUUAUGGUCUUAUGCAACUGGAGGUAGCGUGUAUGGAGGCAUGUCGAUUAGCGAUGGAUGUGUUUAUUCGGGUCAUGGAUAUAAUGUAUCUCUAGGAGUUUUCUCUAACUAUACCGGUGGAACCUCGCUGUUUGCCUUUUGUGUCUAAAUAGUUUAUGUUCUUCAUCAUUGUCUAGAGGUAAAAUAAAUAAUGUAUGACAAUGAUACUCAAAUUUGUAAAGUUUUAUGAGAGGUGUGCAAUAGUAGUAUCAUCUUCAACUUAAUGUGUGACAGCAUUUGUAUCUUACUAAAUGCAGACCAGUUUGAUGCAAUAGUAGUAUCAUCUUCAACACAGUGAUAGCAGAACUCAAAUUCUAAAAGAGCAUAUUAGAAGCACUCAAACAAACUUAGUCAAUGUCUCAAUCAAGAUGUCAUUAUUUACAUUGAAGCAUUCAUCCCAUUGUCAAUCCAAAAAAGAAAACUUGAAACAACAA